GUGGUUUUGGUGUUUGGUGUUGUGUGAAGGAGCUGAUGGGUAAUCGAUGGAGGCCGUGUUUUCUAUCACGUCCACAUAAAUAAAUUCGUCAGAAAUCGUCGCUUGUUGGAGCUGCUGACACCUGAACAGCAUCAUGUUAGCCAGGAAGGGCCUCCUGCCGGACGGCUUCCUGCUGACCCGUCUGGCGGAGGACCAGAACCAGCCCAACCGGAGCCGCUCCAGAUUACAGCGAGCACGCUUCAUCACGAAGAGCGGAUCCUGCAACGUGGCCCACAAGAACAUCAGGGAGCAGGGUCGCUUCCUACAGGAUGUUUUCACCACCAUGGUGGACCUGAAAUGGCAGCACUCCUUCCUGAUCUUCACCUCGGCCUUCCUCUGCUCCUGGAUGCUCUUCGCCAUGAUCUGGUGGCUCCUCGCCUUCGCUCACGGCGACCUGGAGCCCCGCGACCCAAACGGCGAGCCAGGCCCCGUCCCGUGUGUCACCGCCAUCCACUCGUUCACCUCAGCUUUCCUGUUCUCCAUCGAGGUUCAGGUGACCAUCGGAUUUGGAGGUCGGAUGGUGACGGAGGAGUGCCCGCUGGCGAUCACCGUGCUGAUUGUUCAGAACAUCGUGGGGCUGAUAAUCAACGCCAUCAUGCUCGGCUGCGUCUUCAUGAAGACGGCGCAGGCGAACCGGCGAGCAGAGACGCUCAUCUUCUCCAGGAACGCCGUCAUCGCUCCUCGAAACGGACGUCCAACGUUAAUGUUCAGAGUCGGAGACCUGAGGAAGAGUAUGAUCAUCUCAGCCACCGUCCAGCUGCAGGUGAUCCGGCGGACCGUGACAGCAGAGGGCGAGGUGAUCCCGGUGUGUCAGCUGGACAUCCAGGUGGAGAAUCCUCUGAGGAGUAACGGCAUCUUCCUGGUUUCUCCUCUCAUCAUCAGCCACACCAUGGAGAGAGGAAGUCCUCUGUACGAGCUCUCCGCUCAGUCGCUGGCGUCCGAGGACAUCGAGAUCAUCGUCAUCCUGGAAGGUGUGGUGGAAACGACGGGGAUCACCAUGCAGGCCCGGACCUCCUACGUCCCCGAGGAGAUCCUGUGGGGGCGCCGCUUCGUCUCCAUCAUCACAGAGGAGGACGGGCGCUACUGCGUCGACUACUCAAAGUUCGGAAACACCGUUCCCGUCAGGAUGUCGUGUCUCAGCGCCAAAGAGCUGGACCAGACCCGCGGCGUCCAGGACGGGGGCUCGGACGUGAACCCGCAGGGCUGGGGGCUGGUCCGGGCCGGCAGGGGGGGCUUCCGCAGAGGGGGCCGGACCUGCGAUAGCUCCGCCCCUCAGCCCUGGUACGCCCAGGCAGAGAAAACAGAUGGGGAGGUGGAGGGAGAGAAGAAAGGACAGAAGAAGAAGGUGCAGCUGGAGGUGAUUGGACGGCAGAUGGAGGAGGACGCACUGGGAGAGAUGAGCGAAUAAAAUCAGAGGAAAUUAGAUCGAUUAAAAUUCCUUUUCUUAGGUGAAAAGCACAGGAUUUUUAGACCGGGGUUUAUGUUUUUGGGCUUUUAUGGUCAUUUCCUUCUUAAGACUCCAAAUAAUUCACUGCGGGAUGGUUGGAUGGUUUCCAAGGAUGUAAGACAUUAUAAUUCCCACGAGUUAUUUCACUUCUUUUUAAAAAUGUUUAAGCUUUAUUUUUUUGCAAACAGUGUCAGAGAUCAUCACCUCUGCAUAUUAAACAUUACUUUAAGGAGCUGAACCUUUCCCCCCUUUAUUAAUGUGAAAAUCCCCACAGAUUUCCUGUGUGUGUAGUUUCCCAUCCCCAGACUGACAUAAACCCAGAGUUUACAGCAGUUAUUAUGUUUAUCUAUGAAACCUGGUGUUAUAUUUAACAUCUCACAUUUCACAACUAAACCUGUAUUUAUGGAAGUCUCCUCUCUCAUUUAGAAAAUAAGUCAAUCCAAGUCUGAACUCUGUUAUUUU